CGCCCUACAACGGCUAUUAGCGUUAUUUUUUUAUUUACCUCAAGCUGCGUCCCGCAAUGGAAGUAAACAGGGACGAAGCAGAGCGUUGCAUUGACAUUGCAACUGCUGCAUUAACAAACAAUCAAGCAGAGAAGGCCGUUAGAUUUCUAGAAAAGGCACAGAAACUUUUUCCGACGGAUAAGGCGAGAGCACUGCUCGACUUAAUUGCAAGAAAUGGUUUCACCCCUGGUCAUGACAACCAGUCAGGAUCCAGUGAUGGCACUGGGCCAAGGCAGCGAAGACCUGGAGAGGAGGACCAAGGAGAGAAGGCCUCGCAGACAGCCAAAUCCUACACCUCAGAUCAACUGGACGCUGUCAAGAAAAUCAAACAGUGUAAAGACUUCUAUGAGAUUCUCGGAGUGAAGAAAGAUGCGUCUGAAGAUGAUCUCAAAAAGUCAUAUAGAAAAUUAGCGUUGAAAUUCCAUCCCGACAAAAACCACGCCCCGGGUGCCACUGAGGCAUUUAAAGCUAUUGGAAAUGCCUAUUCCUGCUUGAGUAAUGCUGACAAGAGGAAACAGUAUGACCAGUGUGGUGAGGAGAAGAGACAUCCGUCAAGACAGGGACAGACCAACGGAGACUUCCAGGCUGAUAUUUCACCUGAGGACCUCUUCAAUAUGUUCUUCGGAGGGGGUUUUCCAGCAAGCAACGUUCAUGUAUACAGAAAUGGGCGUUAUCAGAGGCCAGCGGGACAACAGGGACAACAGAGAGAGGGAGGCUUUGCGCUCUUUGUCCAGCUGCUGCCCAUCGUCAUCCUGGUGGUUGUGUCAGCUCUCAGUCAGAUGAUGGUCUCCACCGCCCCCUACAGCCUCAGCUUCAGGCCGUCUAUUGGACACACCCACAAGAGGUACACAGAGACCUUGAGGGUGCCGUACUAUGUGGGAGACCACUUUUCCAGGGAGUACAACGGACUGAAUCUGAAGACUGUGGAGAGGAGUGUGGAGGAUGACUACAUCUCCAACCUCAGAAACAACUGCUGGAAGGAGAAACAACAGAGUAUUACAAGAUGUCAGUGGUGCUGAUGUGCUUCUUCAUCCCCAUGUUUGUUCCUUGGUGCCUGUGGGGAGAGAGCCUGUGGUUGGGCUACUUCGUGCCAGG